AUGUCCUUAUCUGGUGAUCAAGACGACGACAAGAAAAACUAUGUUAAAAGGCAAAGCGUUGACAGUCCGCUAGCGGCGAUGUCUCCAUCUGUCCGUCCGCAGCCUACAAAAUUGUUCCGUUUGUCAAAAACUCCCUUAGGACCUACAAAUAUCAAUCAAGUUGAUCCCAAUAUCGAUGCUACUCUUCUAGAGCCGUAUUCUGUCGAGGGUAUAUUACAGAAAGACAGAAUUCCAGCAGUAAUAAAUUAUUCGAAUCCAAAUAUUGAACAGUCUUUAAUGGGACAGACCUUGCAGUCCGAGGAAACUGUGCAAGAAACAUUAGCUGAACGAAGCAUUGAAUCAGAGUGCGAUGACGUUGCAAAUGUUACCGCUGUGACAUCAUCGUCAGUAGAUGCUGCACUGAGUCCUGGAAUGUCUAAGGAUAUGAAAUUAGCAAUAAAAGCAUAUUUGAAAUCCACUUCGAUGUAUUCUACUAAUUCAUUGGAACCAAAAGUUGAACAGCUGAACACUGUUGACAAUGUUGCAAAAGUUGAGAAGAGUGAAGAUAUCGAAGAAUUGAACAACAGUGUUUCUACAUGCGACUCGCAAGAAAGAGCCGUAGAGAACACUUCUAAGUAUUCUGUCAAAGUAGCUCUAUCUGUGCCAAGUCCAGAAUUUUUUCCCCGGAUGAGUGAGAUCGAUUCUUGCUGUGGAAUUCCAUGUAAGACAAUAGAGACGAACGAUGCCUCGUUUGCUGAAGUACGAGGUUCUCCAAUUCUAAAAGUCGAAAACGCGGAAGCUGUCUCUUCAAUUACACCGAAAUACCCCGUUGGUGAGAGACUGAAAUCUCCAGAUAUGCAAAAAGAUCUAACACUGUCGGCACGCAAAAAUAGGGUUUUUGCAAGUAGAAAUUUGAAGUUGGAUAAUCUAUCUUCACCGCGAGAGUUAGCGAACUACGCUGAAGAACGAGCACAAAACUAUUCGUUUCUCAUUAAUGAAGCCUACUGCGAAACAUCAAUGUUUUGCGAAAAUUGUUACUCUAUGCGCGUCGAAUUGGGACUUUUUUCGGAUAAAUUUGCGGCACUGGCAGCUACUAUUGAAAGUCAUGCUGCAGAAGGGAAUAUUACUUUUGUUGCCGAACUGGAAAAUUUGUUAAGAGGAAAACAAGCAGAAAUUGUAACACUGUCAUCGAAGCUGAGAGAUUUAACUCAGGCAAAUGAUCAGCUAAGCAAACAAAAAGAAAUCGCCGAAAAAGAUAUGGAAGAUUACAAAUUUUUCUUCGAGAAUGAAAUGAAAAAGAAAUCAAAAGAAAUGGGCUUACUGCGGAGCAAGUUGUACGAAACUGAAAAUCUGAUAGAUGAAUUGAAACAAGCGAGACCAAAACAGUCUUCUGACGAAGACACUUCAAAAGCUGAGGGAUGUCAAAUGGAAAUCCGGAUCAAAAUUAUGGAGCAACAGCUCGAUAUGGCACAUUCUUUGCAUCAUAAAGCUGAACAAAGAAUAAAGGAACUUGAAAGUGAGCUACAAAGGGUUGCAGAAGAGAAAAAUCAGUUCUCACUAAAAAUUCAAGAAUCUCUAAUCGAUUUGGAAAAUAAGAAUAAUCCGAUAAUAUCGGAUGAAAGCAAGCACGUUUCAAUUAUAUCCCUGUUGGAAGCUAAGGUUGCAGAACUUGGAAAUAAAGUUGAUGAGGCUCUUCGUGAAAAAGAAAAUGAAUCCGUGGAGCAAAAAUCAUAUUUAAUUGAAAAAUUGACAUCGCUAGUGGAGAAAAUUAAGACUGAUGUGAAAAACAAUGUGUUCGCCGGCGAAUGGGAAGCAGAUGAUAUAGAAAUUUCUGUUACUUAUUUUGAAAAAGCUGUAGACAUUAUUUGUCAAGAUGUUCCUCAAUUUGAAACAUUGGUCGAAAUAGUAGCUCUACAUGAAAAACUGGCUAGAAAUGAGUUCAAACAGUUAGAAGCAACAAUAGAAGAAGUAGUGAAGGAAAAAAAGAAAUGGGAAAUAUUAUUUACGAAUGAAAAGUCGAGAUUUGAUGGUUUGCAAGAAAUGAUACUGACUCAGUUUUGUGAGAACAAAAAUUGUUUCUCAAAUUUAUUGCAGGAUUUCCAAAGCAAGUGGGCAGAUACAUUGUAUUCUAUGACAGAGCUUGCCAGAUCAAAAUCUGAAGAAAAUCGAAAUUGUGCCAUGCUGGAAAUGCUGCAUCAUAUAGCAGAUCUUCAGGAGAAAUUGAAUAAAAAAUGGUUGAUGGAUUCGAGUGAGUUGCAGAAAUACAACGCUUAUCUGAAAGAACAGCAUUUGAUUGUAGCCUCAUUUCAAACAGAAAUGCAAGAAAUGAGGAAUAAAAUUGAAAUGCUGCAUGGGUCUAUAGAAAAAGACUUUAAAAAUUCGAGUGCAUUACUGGACAGCUUCCAAGGUGGAGAAGCUAAGCACAAAAGCUUAAGGGAUUCUAUCAAAAAGCAACUGGGACAUUAUAAAAAAGAAAGAGAUAUUUUUAAGGAAAUAUGCGAGCAUAGCGAAGAUGUGAUACAGGAACUAAGAAUGACGGUUGAACAUUUGCAAAAAGUUGAGGAGGAUAUGCGAUCUCAAAACGCAGUUUUGUGUAAGAAGUUGGAUUUCGGAAGUGAAAGUUUUGCUGAUAUGACUGAAAAUUUGACAAAGGGAAAAGAUAAAUUGGAAGACGAAAAUGCAACACUCAGAAAUAUGGUUUCUAGACUAACAAAAGAAAACACCAAUUUAAAGGAGAUGGAGAAAAUGUUGACUGAACAAAAUAAAAAAGCCGAAGAGCUGCAACAUAGAUUAAACCUUCUACAAAAGGAAAACGAACGAUUAGGAAAAGCCUGCGAUGAUGCGGAUGAAGAAGUCAGCGAUCUUAAACAACAGAUAUUUGAAUUGUUACGUAUAAAUGCUAGACUUCAAGCUGAAAUGCAUGGAGAAAGUGAGGAAGCUGUAAAUCGUAGAAUGGGUUAUAUUGAACCGCCGGCAAUUCGACCGACAAUUCAUCCAUCGGCUCAUAAGAUUACAUUAGGAAUGAAUUCGCCAAAUGGAAAAGUAACGGAUGUAACGAAAACAAAAUCGGAUGUGAAGAUUGAGAACGUGCUAUUAGAAAAAGCAGAAGUAAAAGAAAGAAAUGAGAUACAGAGAUUAGCGGAAAAAGAAAACGUAUUAUCAGAAGAUGCAAAUGCUUCAGCGAAGAAAAUACCUGCUAAAGAAUUAUCAAAAUCGAAGGUGAUUCGAGACCAAUCAUGCCGUACCUCAUGA